ACUACAUUUAAAGCAAUGAAUGGACUAUGUGACCCUAAGUCCACCAAUCACAUAGACAUUAGUUUGAGAAACUUCAAACUACAACAAGUAUUGGGUUUCUUGACUGUUCAAAAAAAAAAAAAAAAAAAAAAAAAACAGCAACAGCAAUCUUUUUAUACUGUCACUAUAAACCCAAUUGUGUGAAGUAGAAAAGGAAAUUCUUAAGGCUGAUUAUAUAUCGGACUCGCUUAUUAGCCGCAUAUAUUCUUCCACUGUGCUCUUUAUUGCAUUUUAUUUUAUUAUGUAUUUGUAUUUAUUUCUAGCAAUCAUGGCCAAACGACGAAGGGAACUUGUUGCCUCCUUAGUAUGUCUGUACCUGUGUUGCAUCCUUGUCUUUUACUUAUACUCUGCACUUUUCCCGUGGGCCUCUACAAGCUUAUCUACACUUGCAGACACAGAUGAAGAAUCAAAAACUUUAUAUUUACAUAGGAAACUUCUUAGCCUUCACAAGUCACACGCAAGUUCUGUUGAUGAAAAAUCAAACUGCACACCUCCUGACAUUGAACAGUUUCCUAAACCUUUCAUGAACUAUGGUGUCAGGAGAAAUGGAGGUCUCAUAGUGCACAUAUUUGUAUCAUUAUACAUGUUUUUAGGUCUUUCAAUAAUUUGCGAUGAAUAUUUUGUGCCUUCGCUAGAAAAAAUGUGUAAAUUGCUCAAUAUACAAUCAGAUGUUGCUGGUGCUACAUUCAUGGCUGCUGGUAGUUCAGCUCCUGAAUUAGCAACUGCUGUUAUUGCAGUUUUUAUUGCCAAGGAUGACAUUGGCAUUGGAACUGUUGUUGGCUCAGCAGUUUACAACAUAGCAUUUGUUAUUGGCAUUUGUGGAUUGUUUGCUGGCCGAGAUAUUUACUUGAAGUGGUGGCCAAUGUUUAGAGACUGUGUUUUCUACUUAAUAAGCAUUUUAGCUCUCCUAUUUGCAUUACGUGAUGAAAACGUGACUUGGGUCGAAUCUGUGCUUUUUCUAUCAUUAUAUACCUUGUAUAUAUUGUUCAUGUUCAUUAAUCGCCGCGUUGAAGAGUGGUUGACUGGUUUUAAAUGUUUCGCUCGAUUUGGGUGCCGCUUAACUGAGCCUGUCAUUGGUGUAUCCUAUCAUCCCCUUCCAAACAUGGCGCAAGCUUGUCUUGAAAAUGGUACUUCUGAUAAAACAUUCCAUGGCAGCAAUUCUGAUUUCCUUUCCACAACUGAAUCUCCAACUCAUAGCGACGAUGAAGAAAAUUCUGUAUUUUCAGCUCCAACUGGAGUAGUUCGCAAAUCCUUGUGGAUAGUAUCUCUUCCACUCUUGUUCUUUUGUUAUUUCACAAUUCCAGAUUGUCGCAGAUCAAGAUGGGAGAAAUGGUUUUUCGCAACGUUUUUGUCAGCUUGUGUUUGGAUUAGUGUUUUAUCAUACAUACUGGUGUGGAUGAUAACUAUUAUAGGUUAUACACUUCAUAUACGAGAUACAAUCAUGGGUUUAACAUUCCUCGCAGCUGGUGCAAGCAUUCCAGAUGCCAUUUCUAGUCUUAUUGUUGCCAGAGAUGGGCUUGGUGAUAUGGCAGUUUCGAAUGCUGUAGGAAGCAAUGUUUUUGAUAUUCUUCUUUGUCUUGGCUUGCCAUGGUUUUUGCAAACUGUUGUUGUUGAACCAGGAUCUACCAUUCCUGUUAGAAGCAAAGGCCUCACAUAUUCAACAUUGACUUUGCUGUUAACAGUAGUGUUCCUCUUGUUUGCAACUCAUCUGAACAACUGGAAAUUGGACAAAAGAUAUGGAGUCAUUCUUUUAGCUUGGUAUUUACUUUUUAUGGUCGUUGCAACAAUUUAUGAGAGCAGCUGGUUUGGAAAUUUAACUCUGCCAACGUGUCCAAGCGAUUUUUAAAUUUGUACUUUCAUUAAUUUUAUACAGUAUUGUAUAUGCAAGUCCAAUCAGAUGCAUGCAAAUGUGCCUUAUUUCUGAAAUUUAUUGUGAUAACUGUUUUUCCGCUCAUGAAUUGCCUUGCCUCUUUUGCAAAAUAUGCAGAAUUCUGCUCAAUCUAUUCAAUCUCUUGUAUUUUGGUAAAAUGGGGGAUGACAUUUUGACUAUUGAUCAAUUACUAAAAUGUCUCACUAAAAAAUUCAUUUGAUGGAUGCACAUUUUAACUUCAUCGUGUAAUGCUUACCUUGUACAUAAUGGUAUUUGGAUCAUUAAGUUAUUGAGAAUCAGUUUCUGAAAUAAGGUGCAGUAAAACCUGUAAAGUUGACCACCUCUCUAAGCUGACCGCUUAUUUCAUGUACAGAAUUAGGCGUAUAUCAUGUAAAUCAACUUCUGUAAGUUGACCACCUGUUUAAGUUCAGCACUGAAGUAAAGCACCGCAAGUGAUCAACUGACACAGGUUUCACUGUAUCUUUGAAAAAAAAAAAUGUUAACAUGUUUUAUUUCUAGACUAUGUGCCUGAAAAUAGAGAAAGUUUAGUUACAUGUGAGAUACUUAAUUUUGCUUGCAUUUGGAGUCAAUUUAAAAAAAUUUAAGUCAUACUUCAGUAUACGGUAAAUUUCCGAUUAUCCGUAAGUCAAUCAACUAUCAGGAACAUGCAGUUUCCCAGCAAAAAGCAAAUACCAAUGGCUGUUUUUUUUUUCUCUCGAAAAAUGGUAAAUUUAAACUCUGUUGUUUUUGUUUUAUUUAUGUAUUUGCUUACAUAUAUAUAUAUAUAUAUAUAUAUAUAUAUAUAUAUAUAUAUGCAGAGUGCUGGUCAAAUUAUUAGACUAAGACUGUUUUAAAAGCAAAUUCUUUAUUGAUUACUUAACUAUAGACACAUUAACGAACAGUGAAAUAAUUAUCUAAUAUUUAGUAUGCAUUCCCUUGUUCUUGAUGAGCAUUUUAGGUCUUUUUGGCAUUCUUUUCACAAGGUUUACACCAUUUCUUAACUUUUUAAAAAAGGAGGUAAAAAAUUGUUUAUACUCGCUACUAUAUUUACUCACAUGCACAUACUCACUAAUUACCUAAAACUAACUUUAAAUAUAACAGAACACACUAAUAAAACGAAUUAGUGAACUGUUUAAGCUGAUUGAGGUUAUGUUCCUGGUAGGUAGAUAAACAAAGAACAUAAACAAAGCAGACAGUGCUGCCACCCGCAAACAUUAAAUUAUGCUAAAAUAACGUAAAUAACGUAAUAAUCAGUGUACGGUAUGUGCUGUACUUUUGCAGUAAAAUAAAUAGUAUUUUAGUACAAAUACUGUACAAAAAAAAACUCUUUAAUCUAAUAAUUUGGCCAGCACUGUAUAUAUAUAUAGAUUUUUUUUCUUCAUCGUACAUACACUUGUUUUGAUGUUAAGUUCUGUUGUGCAAAAAUACAAAAAAAAAAUUUACUGUACUCUUUUUCAAUGGUUGCAGAAAGUAUCACACAUCAAUACAGCCAAAUUUUUGAAGAAGGUCAAUGUUUACCAUUUUUGUCCCUCAUUUUAGGCUUUUUGUGCUUGAUCCGCCAUUUUUGUUAUCCACGGCACUUGUCCACCCAAUUCCGCUGAUAAUCGGGAGUUUACUGUAUAGACUUUACUAGUUGUAAAACUUCCCAAACAUAACUCAAGUUUGGGAAUGCUUGAAGUCACGGUAAAAACACUAAAUUUUGAAAUAGAGUUAGAAAGUUCAGAAAUUUUAUAAACUAUGCUUCCAAGUAAGGUUGAAGAGAGAGAGAAAUAUAUAUGGAAUUUUCAAAUUAGAUAUGAAAGAAAUAAACUAUCUAAACUGAAGAAUGUAGCCAAGUUUAGUUAGGCAUGUUUACUAUCUUAUAAGGUUUCUGUGUCUCACAGUUUUGAAUAAAAUUUUUUUAUUCAAUUUAGAAAAAAUGGCGAUGUCUCAAUGUCUAACUGGCAAUGUCACAAGUUCUUUCAAUCAACCUUGUAAUUAAAUGAAAAAAAAAACAUAUAUACUUACUAUUUCCAGUAUUAUCAAAUGUAUUAGGAUUUUUAAGAUAUUUCUUUCAUUUAGUCUUUUGUUUUCUUAAAUGACGAGUUUGCUUGUUUAAAAGCAUGAACUGGCAGAAUUUAGGUCUCUUAGGUCUGAGGUAUAUUUCUUUCGGUAUUAUUUUCUCUUUUUUUACUAUUAAAUAAAUUAAUUGUGUGAUAAAACAUUGAGAAUGCAAAGAUUUUACACUAAUGUUUUUUUAAAUAAACAAAAACCAAAAAAAAAAAAAUCAAAUGGAAAUUACGCCACUCAAUUCUUUUGUAUUUAAUACUGUUUUUGUUACAAUUCUGCUUUAAGGUAUUUGAAUUUAAUGAAUUAUAUUGAAUGAAAGAUAGCUUAAUAAUGUGCUAAUGUACCUGCUAGUAGACAAUUAUAUGAUGCUAAUCAAUACAUUUAGUGAUUAAACUUUGUACAAAUAUUCAAAUUAUAAAAAGAAAAAAACUAUAAUCUAUUUAAAUUAAUUUUUCUAUUGAGAUGCAUUUUUCCUUCAUUCAUGCUGUCCUAAUUCUCUCUCUGUAUAUAUUUUUUCUUUUCUAUGUUCCCAAGUUUAAUGGAAAAUUCUGUCUUAAGUCAUAUUUCCAUAUCUUUAGCUCAACACUUUUUACAGAAAUUUGAUAAAUUCCAUGCAGCUUCAUUGUGUCUUCCAAUUUUUUGAUUAAUAGUUACGUAUUCAUCUAUUUAACAUUCAAAAUUUUUAUUCAGCUACUCUUUUUUUUUUUUUUUUUGGAUGAAACUUUAUUAUUAGAACUGUGAGUACAGUUUUUCUCUUGGCCAUUGCUUUUCAUUAUCAGGAAAAGUAUUGGAAAAGUUACAAUUUAAUUUCCCGUUAUUUGCGACUGAACACUUUGUCAUUAUGAAAACGUCAUUUUGUGACGUGAAUACGAACUGAUAUUCAUAAGUUGCUGCUAUUUGUUAAUGACUUAUAAACCAUGUUUCAUGACCAUCAAUGCGACCAGAACUUUUACAUGACCAUCAUCAGGUAACUUUUACAUUCCAUUUUAAUCACUGUUUUGUUAGGGGAUGAGAAGGGAAUUGCCUCAUGUUUUACCCCCAGUUGAUCAAAUAGUAUUUAACUUUGAAAUUUAUUCGUAUUUUAAAUGAAAAGCUAACCAAAUUUCGAUUCUACCCAUGAUUUUUUUUUAAAUAAAGAUUAUUGUAUUUGCAAGAUGUUAAAUAGUGUCACAUCUUCAACUACAUUUUUACUUAUACAAUCAUCACACGAAGCAUAUAGAAGGGGGUCAGGGGACUCAAAAGGUUGGAAUAUCCUAUGCUGGUGUAGGGCUCUUGCUGCUGUCAUAAUUUGCCUCCAAGGAAUCAAGUCAGCCUUGCAAAAGUGACAAUUUACGUAACAGUAUUAACUCAAUUUGAUCUAAAUUUGUCUGGUAACAGCUAUUAUUUUUAUUUAUUUUAUCUUUAUUGUAAUUACAAAAUUAGAACUUGUUUUCUAAAAAGUAUUAAAUUAUGUCCAAAAUGAUUUUGUUAUUACAUGUGUGUUUAAAAAGAAAAAAAUAUGCUGUGCUCCUAUUUGUUUUUGCAUAAUUAGUUAUGUUUAAACACAUAUUUGUUAGUUAAAUUUGCAGGUAUGGUUGAACUGUUAACAAAUUUUUAAUCAUUAUUAUGAAAUAAUUUCUUUAUUUUGGCUAGUUAAAAUUAACUAUCUUAUUAAAACACUUCUUUUAUGGUCACUACUUUGCUGUGAUUUAUUAGAACUGUUUGUAGAUCAAAUUUUUUAAACAGUUGUUAACAAAUGUUUGAAAUAUUAACUCAGAACAUUUACAUCCGAUCAAACUAUAACUUAUUAUUUAUUGCUGAAUUUAUUUUCGGAUUUUAUGCUUGGCGAACUCUCAGUAUUUUUGUCUCAAGUGUCUUUGAGCCAUCAUUUUUAGUGUAUAUUUGAAGAAAUGAUAAAUCAACAAAAUAGUGAAAUUUUAAAACGUUAAGAAGAACAGAUGCAAGAUUAAAGACAAAUUAUUGAAAAUUGGGUAGUUCAUUGUGAAAACUCAUUAAAUGUGCAAUGUGAUUGUAAUAUAUGUUGAACUAUCUUCAAAUUUUUGAAUUAUAACUUUCCGCCCACAAAUUCAGUGGGAAGGGUGGUGUUUAUA